CCACCGCAGCCGAACUGCCCCAUGGCCCAGGCGAAGAUUAACGCGAAAGCCAACGAGGGGCGCUUCUGCCGUUCUUCCUCCAUGGCCGACCGCUCCAGCCGCCUGCUCGAGAGCCUGGACCAGCUGGAGCUCCGGGUUGAAGCUUUGAGAGAUGCAGCAUCUGCUGUAGAACAAGAAAAAGAAAUUCUCCUAGAGAUGAUCCAUUCUAUACAAAACAGCCAAGAAAUGAGACAAAUCAGUGAUGGAGAAAGAGAAGAAUUAAGUCUAACAGCAAAUCGUUUGAUGGGAAGAACCCUCACUGUUGAAGUUUCAGUAGAAACAAUUAGAAACCCCCAGCAGCAAGAAUCACUUAGGCAUGCCACAAUGAUUAUUGACGAAGUGGUCAAUAAGUUUCUUGAUGAUUUGGAAAAUGCCAAGAGUCAUUUAAUGUCACUAUAUGGGGCUUGUUCAUCAGAGGUACCACCUGGACCCAUUGAUCAGAAAUUUCAAUCCAUAGUAAUUGGAUGUGCUCUCGAAGAUCAGAAGAAAAUUAAGAGGCGAUUAGAGACUUUGCUUAGAAAUAUUGAAAACUCUGAUAAAGCUAUCAAGUUGUUGGAGCAUUCAAAAGGAGCUGGUUCAAAAGGUUUGAAACAAACUAGCUUAAACCAAGUUUAAAUUGCUUGGGCAACUUAAAAGGAGCAAAUGAGUUUCCAUGUAAAGAAAAGAAAGUACUAUUUUAAGUAAUAGCUCUGUGUAUUCCCUUAUAAAUGUCGGGCAGACCCAUUCAUUCUAUUUCAGCUGAUAAAAAUAUCCCAAGAGUCAUUGCUUUUACCAUGGAGACAUUUAUAACUAGAAAAUAUUAACUAUAGCUCUAUUUUUUUAAGUGAAUUUUUGUCUUAUCUGACAAAUCGUUACUUUUGACUCUAUUUUGGUUAAAAACACUCAACUCUAUGAAAACAACAAAAAAUGUGCAGUAUUCACCAGUAUUGAUUCCUCCCUUAAACCAUCUAUCUUGUAAUACAAAUCAACCUGGCAAAUACAUCAACUGAAAUUUUUUCAUUUAAAAUUUUGUCAAGGCUCUAUGGAACAGCUGGCUGUGUUAUCCUUCUGACUCCUACUGCUAGAACAUAGACCAGUCCUAGGUCUUGUCUGGUCAAACAGCAUGGGAGCAAAUUCAUUCAUUGAACACUCACUUAUUCAAUCCCUGUUAAGUUGGGCAUGAGACCCUAAAUCAACCAACAAUGAGUGCCUUAUGAGAAAUCCAAGAUAUGGUCCUCACCCUUAGUUAAGGAGCGUCCCUGGCCAUAGAAAAGUGAUUUUCAUUCAUUUUACAAAUAUUUGUGGAGCAUCUCCCAGGUGUAUGACAUGAUGGUACAUACUGUUAUGCAGACAAAAAGAGUAAAGUAUGAUUCCUGCUCCCAAGAUCUUAAAGGUUGACUUAUCCCUGGGGAUAUAGGGUUAUCCCAAAUCUACUGAUGGGUUCUGAGCAGUUUUCCUUUUAUUCUAAAGAUGUUUGAAGAAAUACCAAAAGAAAACUUUGAAACUAGAAUCAUGUGUUGGGGGGAAAAAUACCAGUGUGAUUUUAUUCUAAUUUAUAUGAAUUAGCUUCAGUAUAAGAUUGUAGCCAAACAGAAAAUGCUUAUCCUAGUUUGGCAUCUUCUCAGUAUUAAGCGCAUCCUUAGUUUUUACCUCCCUAUUCCCAUCAAGUUUGCCCUUUGAAAUCCAAUUUUAUUUGAUUAGGAGUUAAAUCUAAUGGUCAUAAUAUGUUCUGAAGAUAAAUAUGACUCUGGCUGUGUACGUAGGGUUAUUACCCAUACUUCAGGUCCUCUUCACCAGUACAGAUAAUGGAAUUGAUUUUAUUUUGCUUCCUUUGUUCUUCUCUUAAAACCCAGCUUUGGCUCCGUGAAGCCUUUUUCGAUUGCCCAAACUAGAAGUGGUCCCACUCAUCUAGAUUUCUCAUGCUUGUUUGACCUUUCCUAUAUAAUCACAUUCUAACUUUAUUACAUGUUUUGGCAUACAUUUUUAUACUCUUGCUAGAUUGUAAGCUCUUUGAGGGCAGAGACUAUUUUCCCCCCUUCAAUCUUUGUGUUCUUAGCAUCUAGCAUAUAAUAGACAAUAAAUGUUUGAUGAAUAGUAA